UACGUCAGCGUGCGUGCAGUUUGGCGCGGGUAGAUUUCGCGGGGUGAAAGUCAGAGCGGAGCAACAAGAGGGAGCGAAGAGGAGGAAAAAGGAGAAACAGGGACAAAAGUGGAAUUUAGAAGCUCCACGGAGCUCCCAGCGCGAGGCGAGGCGAGCCGAGCCGAGGAGAAGCCCCCACGCCGGGUUUGAUGGUGUUUCCGCGUCCCGUCUGAUCGAGCGGAGAGCGGCCAGGCUGCUGAGGGGGCUGCGGGGCAGCUGCGAGCCUCUGCCGGGUGUCUGCCUCCACGGAGCCGCUGUGGAGGCGGGUUGACCCCCUCCUGUCGACUGGCUGCGGGUUGUCUGACAGGUGUGGUUGACCGGGCUCUCCGGGCUCCUCCUCCAGACUCCAGGCGUCCAGGAGGGGAGCAGUACUGAUGGCGGGGCGGGGCCUGCGGACCGCCUGCGGCCUCCUGCCGCUGCUGGAGACCCUGGAGGAGCGCUCCGCCGGACAGGCGGAGCACACGGACGCCUACCUGACCAUCGCCAGCCGAAUCAGCGGAGACGAGGGCCGUCAGUUCCUCCCGGCGGUGGAGAAGUACUUCUGCCUCCUGGCGAACUCCAUCCUGGGUCACAUGAGCAGCUCCAGCCCCGAGCUGAGCCAGGCCGCCCUGCAGGCCCUGGGCUUCUGCGUCUAUCACCCCCAGGUCGCCGCCAGGCUGUCGGAAACCUUCACCGGGGAGAUCCUGGCGGGGCUGUGCUCGGUGGUGAUCAAAUCCACCGAAAAGAAACACUGCACCCGGGCAUUGUGGGUAAUCUCCAAACAGAACUUCCCCGCAGACAUGGUCGCCAAAAAAGUGCCGUCCAUCCUGGGGAGGUGGAGAGCGUGUGGGUCCGGGAGGACGUCCAGUCCGUCACCCAUGGAGCACGAAGCCCUCAACGUCAUCAUCAGGCUGCUGGAGCAGGUUCCCUCCUCCAUGGGCGAGGACGCCGUGCGGGGGGCCAAGCUGGUCGUCCCGCUGGUCGUCCACUCCGCCUCCAAGGUGCGUCUGCGUGCGGCGGCGGCCAUGGAGCUGGGGCUGCCGCUGCUGCUGGAGAGGCAGGCGGAGGUGGCCGCCGUCAUCGAGCCCAUGAUGUCCACGAAACUGAUCCCGGCGCAGAAGCUCUUCAUGUCUAAGAACGAGAGCAACGUCCUGAAGCUGUGGCCGCUGUUCGUGAAGCUGCUGGGGAAGCUGCUGCACCGAGGCGGCCCGUUCAACUCGCUGCUCCCCCUGGAGGAGCUCGGCUUCCGCAGCUCGUCUCCCGCCAUCAAGAAGAUCGCCUUCAUCGCCUGGAAGAGCCACGACAACUUCGCUCUCAACCCAGACAUCCUGUCCAGCGCCAAGCGCAUGAAGCUGCUGAUGCAGCCGCUGUUCAUCCACGUGCGCACCGAGGCGCUGCUGCGCUCACCAAGGUGGAGGUUGUGGUGGUACCUGGCCGUGCAGCUCGGGCCCAACCUGUCCUCCAACUUCGACUGGUCGUGCACCUUCGGGUUCGACUCUUCGUCUUCCAGAAGCUCCAUCUCAAAUGGAACUGCUUCCCCCGCCACCCCCAAGUCAGGCUUCAGCAGUCGGGCAGCUCGUUCCGGUUCUCUCUGA